AUGAAGCCUAGGAUGAAGCGCGCAUUACAAGAAAAAGAAAUUCAAAAUAUCUUGCAAGAAGAUAUUCCUUCAGAUCCUGAAAGUUGUGUGGAGUCAGAUUCGGACUGUGGCUCAGAACCAGACAUUUAUCAAGCUCCCGAAUUCACCCUUGGUAAUGACACUAUCGCUGUGCAGACAUUCAAUGACAACUUUGACUCGGAUGAUGAUAUACCUCUGGCUAAUUUUGGAAGUACCGCUACUACCUCUGCUUCUACUUCUCAACCACGUGAUGAUAUUUCUUCGACAUUUCGGCCACCGAAAUGGAAAAAAGCUACACUAUGA